GAAACAAAACCUCUUUUGUAUUCCUUGUUGUUGAUGAAAAAGUACACCACUUCAGCAGAAAGUGACGAAACCUGGAUGAAACAUCUACAUCAAGUUCAAAAAAUAUUUUCUUCAAAACUGGGAAGUACUUCUUUGAUAAAAUGGCCACUUAAUGAAUAUUUGACUGUAAGCAGAGAAGACAUUGUUACUUUUAUAUCAAAAAGAGAACGAGAUCGCUUAGUACAAUCAGUGCGUUCUCAGAAAUUCAUUAGUUACUUUUUGAAAAACGCUGACAUUGACUCUGUGCAAGAAUAUUGUAGGACAAAAGGGUACACAUCAAAACAAGGGGAAACAAUUCUUCGAGUAAGUUCAAAAGACAAUGAUGUGUUGAUGGAACGCCUUGGUUUAGAAAUACUGAUUCAUCCAACCAUAGAAGACUCCUCUAUACACAAGGAAGUAGCAUUGAAACUAAAAAUUCCUUUAGAAGUCCUUUCUCUGGGUAGAAAUGGAUACCCAGCAUUCCUUAAACUUCUUCAAAUGGAAAAAAGCGAGAUAUGUCAUGCACAAGGAUUGAUUUUAGGAUGCAAAGGUGUCGGCAAGACAACAUUGCUCAAAAGAUUAACAACAGAGCAUAGCAUUGAGGACAUUGUAGCGUCCACAGAAUCAACACAAAGCGUGGAAAUUCAUAAAACUGAUGCAACAACACUUCAAGAUUUAAAUUUGAAAACCAAAGAAACAGUCACAGUAGAUGUUUCCAGUCUAAAGGUGAAGUGUGUAGCCAAAGAUAAUAUUAAGAGACCAAUGAAACGAAAAGUGCAACCUAGCAGUCUAGAUUUUGAAAGUAAAAUGCAGAGGAAACAGGGAAAUCUUGACAGUCACAGUAACCGCCAAACGUCGACAAAUAAAAACCCCAUUAAUACGAAUACAGAUGUACCUGCAUUUAGGGGUAAACAAUCAAAGAAUAUUAAAAGUCAAAAGUCUGAAAAAAAUAAAAUUCCCAAUUUCCUUCAUCUAGUUCCGGAAAUAACGCGCAAGAAGGCAGAUAUGUUUCAAACAAUUGACUUUUACGAUUUUGCCGGGCAGUACGAGUACUACGCUACUCACCAUAUAUAUCUCCGACGUAGUGCCUUUUACAUCCUGGUGAUGGACAUGAGUAGAGAGUUGCAGGAUGUGGUGGAAGACCAAAGAGGAGAUAUGAUGUUUAGGGGCUGGACAAAUGAAAAGUACAUAAGAUUUUGGUUGCAGUACAUAAAUGCCUUCUCCGGGGAUGAAACGCCAACAAUCAUUCUGGUAGCGACCCAUACAGAAGGAAAAUCAGAGGAGGAUAUUGAGGAAUACUUUAUGAACCUGAGAAGCAAAAUGGAAAAUCUUCUGGAAAAUGUACAUCAUGAGAGAGAGUUUUCCGUCUCAUUUGACGACAAUAGCAAUUUGUAUGAAAUAAAGGAUUGCAUAAAGAAAAUAGCUAAAGAACACCUAAAUUGGAAACGUUUAGUUCCCAACAUAUGGAGUCUUUUCGAAAGAACAUUUAUUGAAAAAAGAAAGGAGCAAAAAAUAAUAAAUAUUGAAGAUGUCGAAAAAAUGCAGGAUAGUUUUCCUACCAAUACUAGACUGGAUAGAAAAAACAUCAUCUUUAUGUUGUCAUUCUUCCACGAAAUUGGUUUAAUAUUGUAUUUUGACACAGACAUUCUGCGAGACUCCGUUUUUCUUGAUGUAAACUUUCUCAUAGAUGCUUUCAAAUGCAUCAUAACCGUGAGAAGCAGCUUUAAUAAAGCUAUUACGAGAAAUUUCUUUUCACAAUGGAAAUUGUUUCAAGAAAAUGGCGAGCUUUCACAUCGUCUUUUGGACGAAAUUUGGAAGCAAAAACAAAGCGUCACAUUUUUAGAACACAAGCAUGAACUACUUUCAUAUAUGAAAGAAUUGUGUUUUAUUACAGAGGUAACAAAAGUGAAUGAAGAAUCAAAUGGCGAAACGUCAAUUUUAGCGGUACCAUGCAUGAAUUCUGUUCCGUAUUCACCUGAAAUUUUGAACAACUAUGAAAAAUCGUCCAUUCUUUGUUUUCAACUCCCUGUUCCUGCUCUUCACGUUUUUCAAAGACUUACGACACACUGUGCUAAUAAGCUGUGGCCAAUAACAAUAGAAAACAAGAAGGGGUGUAUAUACCAGAAUGUAGCCAUCUUUGAGCAUCGUCAUCGAUUUAUAGCUAUUGGAUGUAGUAAUAAUACAAUACAGAUUCAAAUCUUUAGGAGGAGUUCAGUUACUGCCGAAAUAAAGGUCAACAUUGAAGUCAAAGAGGCCAUCACAUCAAGUCUCAAAGACAUUGCAAAAGUUGUGCAUCCCAGUUUAACGAUCACUUCUGGAUUUAAAUGUAAGACAAGCACUUUUUGUGACGAAACCAAUCUAUGCUUUAUACGUGAUGAAGAAAUAGAAUUUUACAGUGGUCACUGCAGAACUUGCUCCUUGAAGGAAAAAGAAAUAAUCGAUGGUGUGAAAUUGCUUUCGGAUUGGGAAAAGAUGGAUGACACAGACGAUGAGGACAUGGAGCACGUCUUGGAGGAAGAUGAUACAAAUUUCGUAUUUGACUUCAUUUCGCCCAAGCUCAGAGAUACAGAUUUCAUAUGUACAGACCUACUAGGAGAAAGCCAUUUUGCAGACAUCUUCCGGAAGAAUCUCCCUUUACCAGAACAGGUCUUCCAAAUUCUUCUCAAAUGGAGAAGAAGCAGUCCUCGUCUAAACCACAUCGAUGUCUUAAAAGAAUAUCUCAAAAAUCAUGAUAACGCCCACUUUGCAGAAGAAAUUGAAAGCGUAACAAAAGAAAAAUAUGAGUACCGAAGUGUGUAUAGACCUCUGGAACCUAUUUCCAUGUCUGAGUGCAAACACAUCGGUAAGCAAGUUACUAGAGAUCAGAAUAGAUUAUUACGCUUUCUAGGAUUAAAGGAAUCAAUCAGGGAAACCAUAGAACAAACCACUGCGAAUUAUUGUGAAAUGCUUAUAUCUUCAUUGGAAAAGCUUGUGGAUGAGGGUUUUCUGAACAGAGGAAAGCUAUGCUGCGCAUUAAAUUAUAUUGGAAGACUGGAUAUUAUAGAAAAACUAAAAGCAAGCUGGGAAAAAAGUUUUAAAAUCUAA